UUGAGAGCCACAAGAGCCUGUCUCCUCACCAUCCUCAUCAUCACCAGCACCAUCAUCUUCAUCACCAUCACCACCAUCACUCCAGCAACAGCAAAACCUUCACGGGCCUCAAGCUUUUUGGGAGACGGGUGCGGCUGACUCCCAGGGGGGUAAUUCCUUACCUGAUGGGUCUGAGGCACGGCCGGCGUGGAUCCAGGAAGAUAAAACGCAGCCCGGCCGUCUAUAAGAAAGCUAUCGCUAAGUCUGGGCUCCAGCACCUGGCAACGCAGCCCAAUCCCUCCGCCACCUUGUGGCACGACACCGACCGCGAAGUUCGAAGCACGGUGGACUGGACGGAGAACGCUCUGUACGGUGACCACAUCUGGUUUGAGACCAACGUGUCCGGUGAUUUCUGUUACACCGGGGAACAGAACUGCGUGGCCAAAAUCCUGCAAAAGUCGGUGUCCAGGAAGAAGUGCGCCGCCUGUAAGAUCGUGGUUCACACCGCGUGCAUCGAGCACUUGGAAAAAAUAAACUUCCGAUGCAAACCAACGUUUCGGGAGUCGGGGUCACGCAACAUGCGAGAGCCAACCUUCGUUCGGCAUCACUGGGUUCAUCGCAGGAGGCAGGAGGGCAAGUGCAAGCAGUGUGGCAAGGGUUUCCAGCAGAAGUUUGCCUUUCACAGCAAGGAGAUCGUCGCCAUCAGCUGCUCCUGGUGUAAACAAGCAUAUCACAAUAAGGUGACGUGUUUCAUGCUGCAACAGAUCGAGGAACCCUGCACGCUGGGGGCUCACGCUGCUGUCAUCGUCCCCCCCACCUGGAUCCUCCGUGUCAGACGUGCGCAGACCUCGCUGAAAUCCAGUAAAAAGAAAAAACGAACCUCGUUUAAAAGGAAAUCCAGUAAAAAGGGAGAGGACGGACGCUGGAAGCCGUUUAUAAUCAAGCCGGUGCCGUCACCCCUCAUGAAGCCGUUGCUGGUGUUCGUCAACCCCAAGAGCGGGGGCAAUCAGGGAUCGAAGAUCAUCCAGUCCUUCAUGUGGUACCUGAACCCGCGGCAGGUGUUUGACCUGACACAGGGCGGCCCCAAGGAGGCGCUGGAGCUGUAUCGCAAGGUUCAGAACCUGCGGAUCCUGGCCUGUGGGGGGGACGGCACGGUGGGGUGGAUUCUGUCGAUUUUGGACCAACUAAAGAUGAACCCGCAGCCCCCCGUAGCUGUGCUUCCCCUGGGCACCGGGAACGACCUGGCCAGGACCCUCAACUGGGGCGGGGGCUACACUGAUGAGCCGGUGACAAAGAUCCUGUCCCACGUGGAGGACGGGAACAUUGUGCAGUUGGAUCGCUGGACACUGCAGCAGGAGAGGAACGGAGAGGCCACCCCCGAGGAGAGAGACGAGCCGGCCGCAGAGAAGCUUCCCCUCGACGUCUUCAACAACUAUUUCAGCCUCGGUUUCGAUGCCCACGUCACACUGGAAUUCCACGAAUCCAGAGAAGCCAAGCCGGAGAAGUUCAACAGCCGCUUUAAGAAUAAAAUGUUCUAUGCCGGGACGGCGUUCUCAGAUUUCCUGAUGGGAAGCUCCAAAGAUUUAGCCAAACACAUCAAGGUGGUGUGUGACGGGACGGACUUAACGUCAAAGAUUCAGGACCUGAAGUUGCAGUGCAUCGUGUUCCUGAACAUCCCCAGGUACUGUGCUGGCACCGUGCCGUGGGGAAACCCGAGUGAGCACCACGACUUCGAGCCCCAGCGACACGACGAUGGCUACAUCGAGGUCAUCGGCUUCACCAUGGCCUCACUGGCUGCUCUGCACGUGGGAGGUCACGGCGAGCGGCUGAACCAGUGCCGCGAGGUCACCCUCACCACGUACAAGCCCAUCCCCAUGCAGGUGGACGGGGAGCCCUGCAAGCUCGCCCCGUCCGUCAUCCACAUCUCCCUGCGCAACCAGGCCAACAUGGUGCAGAAAACCAAGAGACGCACCUCCAUUCCUCUCCUCAACGAUCAGCAGACAGUGCCGGAGCGGCUGAGGAUACGUGUGAGUCGCAUCAGCAUGCACGACUACGAGGCCUUGCACUACGACAAGGAGAAGCUAAAGGAAGCCUCGGUUCCUCUGGGCAUCAUCGUGGUUCCUGGGGACAGUGACCUGGAAAUGUGUCGCACGCAAAUCGAGAGGCUUCAGGAGGAUUUACCAGUGGUUCAUCCCUCACUCCAGCGCCUGGUCCUUCAGGAGGGCGAUGGCACCAAGUCCAGAACUUUGUCUUCACAGAAGCUGUCUCCCAAAUGGUGUUUCCUGGACUGUGGAUUACGACACGCCACCACAGCCGAUCGGUUUUACAGGAUCGACCGGGCACAGGAACACUUACACUACGUGACAGACAUUUCCCAGGACGAGCUGUUUAUCCUGGAUCCCGAGCUGGUGAUCACAGAGACGGUGGGAACGUCGCCAGGAAUGCCGGAUCUGGUCGGCUCGUCAGCUUCCUUCUCCUUCCCAUCCUGCUCCUCGCCCCCAUCAUCACCUGUUCCUAGCCCGACCAGCCCUCACUCUGACAGUGAAGCCCUUAACAGAAGACACAAGAAGUCUCUCUUCUCCUCACACUCUGGCUUCCCCUUUCCUGUGAAGAAGAGAAUCUCGGACCUGCAGAAAGGUUCUCAGAGGAAGCGAAUCUCCAGCGACAGCUCAGUUGCUGAGGCUCUCGCUCACAGUGAGUCGCAAAGAGCCUCGAAGCCUCUGCUCAGCAGGACGGGCCCAAAGAUAACCAGUGUCCACCGGUCCAACACCACAGCAGCCGACUUUAAACCAGUCGCCAUCCCCGUGACUCCAAGGAUUGAAAGAACAGCGCCGUCCGGCGCAGUAGACGACAGUCUCUUUGACGCGGUGAGGACCAGUGACUUACAGAGGCUGCGGGAGCUGCAGCGGGGGGGUGCGGACCUCAUGGUGCGGGACUCACUGGGCUGGACCCUUCUGCACCACGCCGUCAAUGGGGGCAACAAGGACAUGGUGAAGUACAUCCUGGAGAACGCCUCUCCAGAGAUACUGGAUUUAACAGAGAAGGAGAAUGGGGAGACAGUUCUGCACAAGGCGGCUGGGCUGAAACACAGAACUAUCUGCCACUUCCUGGUGGAAGCCGGAGCCUCGUUAAUGAAGACAGAUUUACAGGGAGACACACCGAGACACCGAGCCGAGAAAGCGAUGGACCACGAAUUGGCGGCGUAUCUAGAGAACAGGCAGCACUACCAGAUGAUACAGAGAGAGGACCAGGAGACGGCAGUGUAACGGCAUAACCCUGAACCUCCCCCACCAUGCCCCCCACCCCCACCCCUCUU